CCGGGAUCAGGCGGCUGGGAUGGAGCAGAAGCGCGCUGGGCGCCGCAGGACACGCAGCUGACGGAGCAGCGCCGCGUGUGUCUGGCGUCUCCGCCCGCCUCCGGAUCCUCGAGGGCCUCUAGAUUCCCACCGCAGCCCGCUGGGCAGAGGAGGAGCAGCCAGCGCCCGGUGCGCUAGGUCAGUCCGGACAAACUCUCCCGCUGCCCGCGCCGGACUGGGCACCAAGCACCAGGAUACAAUGGUCUCCAAGACUCUGUUCGCUCUCUGCAUCUUCACUGCAGGACUGAGGGUACAGAGCGUGCCUACAUCAGCCCCCUUGCCUGCUUCUUUUCCUGAAAAGAUUAUCUCGCCAACGGCCUUCUGGACGAGCUCUCCACAUAGCCCUUCCGCCUCUCCCACAAGUGGCACACCCAGCAACUCGGUGCUCCCAGUUACAGUGUCAUCAGAGCAGACAUCUCUACCCCCUAAGAAUGUUUCUGAGGACCCCAGAGAACAGGAGACCACCUUGACGUGGGAGGGCACAAGCAGAGACCCAUUAUCAACGAGCGGCGGGGUCCACUUAACACCCACGCCCACGGAACACAGCUCAAGCACUCCAGAGGCAACCGUGCCAGCUACAGAGUCACGGUCCCCCAAUGAGUCUCCUGCACUCACCUCCCCUCGGGCUCCGGCCUCAUCACCUCCAACCCUAUCAACUUCACCAGCAGCGGUUUCCUCUGUCUCUGACAGCACCGAUGAGAGCUCCACUGAGCCCAGCACUGCGAGCACAGGAGCCUCAACCACUCCGGAGUCCCCAGCACAGGAGUACAGCUCUAGCCACACCCCCACUUCACAUGCCACCUCGGAGCUGGUGCCCGUGGAGACAACGCCCCAAACAACUGUGCCAGCCAAAGUGACCUGUAUUCUGGUAGAUGUAGAGACCACCACCGCCUCCCCCAGAGUGGUCGUGCAGGAAGUGGAACAUGCACUGAGUUCAGGCAGCAUCGCCGCCAUUACAGUGGCUGUCAUCGCCGUGGUGCUGAUGGUGUUUGGAGUCGCAGCGUAUCUGAAGAUCAGGCACUCCUCCUACGGAAGGCUUCUGGAUGACCACGACUACGGGUCCUGGGGAAACUACAACAACCCUCUGUACGACGACUCCUAACAAAGGAACAUGGCCUGGGGCGAGGGAAAACGGCUCUUUAUUUAUAAGUGCUUAGCCAGUAGAUUUAUAACAAGUACCUGAUGCGCAUUGAGCGACAAUCUUACAGCCCGUUUUAUGGUUUGGUUAUUUCAUUUUCCUCCUUCUUUGGCUACUACAACUUCUUCUUUCUGGUACAAAAAGAACCAUAUUUAAUGGUGUGUGGAGGCUGACUUGCAGCUGAAAUGGGCCAACCUUGGGCAUCCAGGCCAGAACACCACGAUGGAGGCUUCUGUACCCACCACGGGACCCACUGCAAGGACUGAAGAAGAGGAGUCCACUUGUUUUGUCAGGGGUUUUAGGGGAACUUGUUGUCUGUGGUAUUUCUUAAAACUUUCAUUUAGGAAAUGAUAUUAAAUCUCCAACAGUGGAAAGGAAAUGAGUACUGGGAGGAUUUCACCCUGCAGAUGAGGAAGUAGGGAUUUCUCAGAGUCUUUUUCAAGCUCUAUUCAUCUGGUCGUGUCUGACAGGACCCCUGCUUGGCUCUACAAAAUGCACUGAGCUUCUUAGCCGCCUAAUUAAUGAAAGAGGAACCCAGCAGGUGCCCCCGAGGAGGCCAUCAGGCAGAGGGGCAGAGUUGCCGGCUGCUGUCAGAUCUCAGCGUGCCUUCUACCUGUUCUCUCCUCCAGGCCUCCUGUCCCUGCCAAGGAUGCCUGUGCUAGUCCACAGCAGCCGGCAUCCCAGCCCAUAAGCUUUCUGUGGAGUUGCGGUUCCACGGAAGCUGGGAGAUGAGCUGAGAGAAGAGAAAGCAAGAGGCGUGUGGAGGGAGUGUGCAGUGGGGGGGGUGGAGGAGGGAGGGGGCUGGCAUGCACUGAGCGCCUCGUUAGGUAAAGUGGGAGUCAGUUCUCAGUGACUGUCGGAGGUGUUCACUGCGUGGAGGAGGCCAUAGAUUCCCUGCUUUAUACCCACAAAGCCACUGGUUCACUGCCUUACUAUCUGUUUGGUAAUGGAGGUAUACUGUGUUUAAACAAAAAAAUAAGACACUAGUCUAUCUGUAAUUGCUCAGUGAGGCAUUUUCAUAGUAAACAGACACAGUGAUCAAUCCAUUUGUUAUUCCCAUACACUCACCUCACUACCAUAUUUUGCAGUGUAUAAUGUGCACUUUUUUGCCCAAAUAUUUGAAGGAAAAAAUAAAAAUGCACAUUACACAUGGGUAUCAUGACUACACACCAUGGGCAUAAUAAUUCAUGUAUAAUGUGCACAAAAACGUGCAUGUGCAUUAUACAUGGCAAAUACGGUAAUUCCACCCUUUAAUAAAUCAAACGGUAGAUAAUCUUAAAAUCCCACAUAGCAAAUUUUCAGAAAGAACUGAUCAUUUCUGCAGGUGUUCAUUUAUUGCAGUGGUUCCCAACCACCAGGCAGUUUUGCACCCCCUACUGGGAAGAGACCCAUGAAGACAUCUAGUGACAUUUUUGAUCGUCACAACUUGGGGGUGCUGCUGGUGGGUAGGAGACCGUGGGUACACUAACGCCCUGCAAUGCACGGAAGAGCCCACCACAACAAAGAAUUACCUGGCCCACAGUGUCACCAGUGCUGAGUCUGAGAAUCCCAUAACUUAUUGCCGUGUCCAUUAUGACGCAACAAAACACUCCCAGAUUUUUAAUUAAAUAAAAUGAUUCAUUAAAUUUUAUCUCACAGUGUUUAAUGUGUUAGCUCAUGGGUAGUCCCAGGCACGCGCGCUGCCUUGUUUGUCUCUUGUUGUGUUCUAGGCAGCCGUACUCCACAGCUGUAACUGUCCCUCUCUAACACUGGAUAUUGGCAACCAGCGUCUGAUGUCCUGAUUUCAGGGAGGAGAAAACAUACAUCGGGUCCUGUUGCAAAAUGUUUUACAUUGUCCAACAGUGUCCUAAAGAACUUGACACUGGUCAGUUUUCAUUUCUAAACUUGGACCUGCUGCCACGACUCUUGUUAGUUUCCAGAAACUUGAUCCUCAGCUCAUUCUGUUACUCACUGUGGCCAGCAAAGUGCUGGCUUGUAAACCACCACAGCCGCGCUGUCUGAAACGCCUCUGGUGUUCAAGACACCAGGAUCUGGGCCAUUUCCACAAACCUGCCAUCCAACACCCUGAACAGAAUUUAUUCCUAAACUCCUUAGGGACCGAAGGAGAAUGGCUGCCUCCAGAGGUACUUUACAAAAGCAGUGGGUAAUGAGGAGUGGAAUUCUGAUGUCUCGAUUUUUUUUUUAAUUUAAGUGUUAUUCUCCAAAAAAAAAUGGUUAGAAAUGACCAGUGAUGCCCCCUCUGGCCCAGCUUGGCCUGAAUAAUUGUACCUGUUCCCUACCUCCACUCUUUGCCCAGGCUUUCAGUUUAGCAAAAAUAAAACAGAACAUUCCACAGUUUGUCCCUCAGUCAAAAACACUUUUGACAAAGUGUCCAUGCAACACCUUUGUAGAGGUGCACUUCUGAUACUGCUUCCGUCAUAAACACUGGAUUAGAGGACACAGCCUCUUGCCAAGAAAUUCUGACCAGCUAUAAGCCAUGGACCCAGCCAGCCUCUUUCCUUAACUAAGGCUGUGAUUGUGCAAGAGCAGUUGGAGCAUUGGUUGCUUUUAUUAACUUCUAAAUCCUUAUGAAAAAAGAGAGGGGUCUGGCCCUAAAGCAGAUCUCCACCAGCGGGCAGUGUUACACACCCCCUCCCAAGGUGACAGCUUCCUGUAAAAACUCUCGUGCUCCUUAUUAAUGUUAGUAUAAAAUACCAAUGGGCAGAACCUCAUUUCACCAAAUGCGUUCCUUUUCUAUUUUUGAACUGGCCAAAAGAUUUUAGCAACUGAAUUCAACAGACACUGCUACACAUACACACACAUGAAAUAUGUGGCUAAUUGACGACCUUUACCUCAGGGAGAGUCUGUUCAGCUCUCCCCAAGGGAACGGCUCCAGUGGAUCUAAACAACGGUCCAGGCACAGGGUGAGUCAGGCAUUAGAGGAAUGUCAGAGCGGGAGGGAGGCGAGCAGCCUCUUCUAGACUGCAGCCUGCAAAUGGUGAAAUGGUGAGAUGCAACUUUGUUUUCUUUCCUCAUGGCCCUAACGAAGUCUCCUGCCCUCUUUGAAUAUCUGUCUUCAUUUCUUACAUGGGGAGGAUGCUUUCACACCGACCUCCCCCCAUGCUACCUCACAAGUGUGUUGUGAGGACUAAUGAAAUCAUGUCUACAGUGUUUUCGGUUUCUGCAGAAGAAUAUUUAUAGACAUUUUCAGUAUUACAUAGAUAUAUAAGUGAUCUCAGUUUCUUAUUAUACUGGUUAUACUGUUUGUUAUUAUACUGGUGUGCUGUUUUUACUUAAAUCUAUAAAAUUGCAGCUGCGUUGUAGCCACACCGGACAGCUGUUACAGCUCCAGGCCACCCCCCAGUACAGCCGACUGACUGAGGGUGGCCCUGCCUGGAACCACAACGGUCAGUUUCCAUCUCCAGGGAAGGAUGGCCUGAGACGUGCUCUCACAGGUGCGUUAGGAUCCAGGAGGUGAGGGUAGCACGGUAUGGAUACCUGAGCACUAAUAUCAAUAGACCUCUGGCCUUUACCUUUGGGGGGUCUUCAGGGUUCUUUGUGAAGUUGAUUUUGGUUUGAUAUCAUCUGUUUGCCCUUCAUCUUGCUUGUAAGGGUGCGCAGUUCAAUCCCCUGCAUCAUGGGAAAUGAAUUUGGGGUCGGAUGCUAAUUUGCACGUUGAUUCACCUUCUUUGCCUUUAACCCCUUUUUGGCAAAUGAAUGUACCAUUUCAACUUUGAUUUUAAAGUGUUAGUUGAUAUUGGUAAUAGUGCUAACCAAGAGACCAGUACCAGAUUGUUUUCUUGGGAUGAGUUAGCUGACAUGAUUUAAAGAUGGAAAGACCUGCAAAUUCUUUGAUAUUUGAUGUGAUUGUAUCCAUAUUUGUUGUAAGAUAUGUUGCAUACCAAUUAUAUCAAUUAAAGUUGUUGAAAGCUUGCUCUGACA